AUCAUUUAUCAAAAUGACAUUUGAUUUAUAUAAAUUACCAAACAGGCAAAUAUAUUCAAUAAAUAUUAAGUCCAUUGAGUGAAUAAUGUUAAUAAUAUGCCACCAUUCCGUCGAAAAAAAUCUGGGAAAAGUUUCCCGGUGAAAGUGUGUACCUUGGAUGCAGAGCUAGAAUUCAAUCUAGAGUGGCGUGCUACGGGAAGAGAUCUUUUUGAAUUAGUGUGUCGCACGAUAGGUCUUCGAGAAACUUGGUACUUUGGGUUACAGUAUGAGGAUUCAAAAGGUUUCAUUUCAUGGCUCAAGUUGGACAAGAAAGUUCAAGACCAGAGUAUACAAAAAAAUCACCAGACAGCCUCCUUUAUGUUUUUAGCCAAAUUCUACCCUGAGGAGGUAGCAGAAGAAUUGGUUCAAGAAGUAACACAACAUUUGUUUUUCCUGCAGGUGAAACAGGCGAUAUUAUCCAUGGAUGUAUAUUGUCCUCCUGAAGCUUCAGUAUUAUUAGCCAGUUAUGCUGUUCAAGCUAAGUUUGGCGAUUUUGAUGAAGACACUUACAAACCUGGCAUGUUGGCCAGUGAGGAUCUACUCCCACAGCGAGUAAUAGAUCAGUACCAAAUGACUCUGGAAAUGUGGGAAGAGAGAAUCAGAGUUUGGUAUGCAGAUCACAGAGGCAUGUCUCGUGAUGAGGCUGAAAUGGAAUAUUUGAAAAUUGCUCAGGAUCUCGAUAUGUAUGGUGUCAAUUAUUUUCCUAUACUGAAUAAAAAAGAGACUGACUUAUGGCUGGGUGUAGCAGCUUUGGGCCUGAAUAUCUAUGAAAAAGAAAACAAGCUUCAACCAAAAACUACAUUCACCUGGUCUGAAAUCAGACAUAUUAGUUUUGAUGAUAAAAAGUUCAUUAUCAAACCUGUUGAUAAGAAUGCUCCAAAUUUUGUGUUCUUUAGUCAGAAGGUUAGAAUGAAUAAACUGAUUUUGGACCUGUGCAUGGGUAAUCAUGAUUUAUUUAUGCGAAGACGGAAACCUGAUUCGAUGGAGUUGCAACAAAUGAAAGCAGCUGCGAAGGAAGAGAAACAGCGGAGGCAAGUUCAGAGAAACCGUCUGGCUAGGGAAAAACAAUUGAGAGAAGAAGCAGAAAGAGAAAGGGCAAACAUGGAGCAGAGGUUGUUGCAAUAUCAGGAGGAAAUUCGUUUAGCUAAUGAAGCUCUGAGGCGAUCAGAAGAAAGCGCUGAUCUGCUCGCGGAAAAAAGCAGGGUAGCUGAGGAGGAAGCGAGACUCUUGAGUCAAAAAGCCUCAGAGGCGGAACAAGAAAUAACUAGGUUAAGACUUACUGCCAUGCGAAAAGAUGAGGAAAAGGUUUCUUUGGAGCGAAAAACCAGAGAAGCAGAAAUGUUGACUGCAAGACUAGUUGAAGAAUCUGAAAAAAGGGCAGCGGAAGCUAAUAAACUGAAAGACGAACUGUUGAAAGCCCGUGCUGCGGAGAAGCAGGCCAAAGAAAAACUUUUAGAUUUCUUAAGUCGUACUACUUCUUACAAUAGUUCGGCUACUGCAUCACCAAUAUCAUCUGUCACUGCUUUAUAUCCAGCGCCAUUAAGCCCAGUAUACGUUCCUGAUUUAUCGAUAAUGGACAGUGAAGCAUCCAAUUCCCCAGAUUUGAAUCUCAACAUUACUUCUUAUGACUUCAUAGCCAAUGCGGAUGCCGAUCAGCUCUCUCUAGAAAUAGAAAAAGAACGAAUUGAAUACAUAGAAAAAUCAAAACAUCUUCAAAACCAACUUCGUGAGUUACGAACUGAAAUCGCAGUGUUGAAAGUUGGUGAAAAACAAACAGAUUAUGAUCAGUUACAUGAAGAACAAGUGAAAUUAGGUGAAAACAAAUACUCUACGUUAAAAAAAAGCAAGUCUGGUUCAACAAAAAGCAGAGUUGCAUUUUUUGAAGAGUUAUAGCAUAGGAUAUAUAUUUUUAAAUAUAUUAUUUUUAUUUAUAUAACAAUAGUUAU